AUUUGGUUCGUGAUCGGUACGCCCCUCUUCGAACGCCUGAUACUAUUUAUUACGGCAAUAUCUGCAGGCUCACCAAGGUACUGCCGUAAUCCAGGCACGGCGAUUUUCUUCGACCUGCCUGCCAUGGUGGGUGGCAGAGGUCAGGCACUGCCAGCCCCAGCCAUGCCCAGCCUGGCCGGCAGCCAUACGAACCGACUUUUAAGCAUAAAGAUGGCAAAGCUAAAUUUGCGCCUCACUCCGGAUGUUUAAUUCAGCCUUAGACCGCUGGAUCCAAUAAUAGGAACAGAUACGCCCCCAACGCCAGCGCGUGGCGCAAAUGUUGCCCGUCAAGCAAUACGACUGCAUCCAGCUGCCGAACAUGUGAUGGCACCAGCCACGACGCCAUCGCUUGAACUAUUAAUAUGACUGGCCACGUCAAGGCUCGUCAAGGCUUAGGGCUGAUUCUACAAGGCCCCCAUAGCCUUGAUCCAAUCAAUCGGCGUUAGCACUAUAUUUGGGGUCCUGAUGCUUGCAAGAUGUAUUCGUAUAGGGUAUAGCCAGGCUGACGGAGUUGUGACGCCACACAACGCUGUAAUCCGAAAGAACGGCUUCUAGCCCUUCACAUGGAGCGAACAAUACAUUUACAACAUGAAUGGCGGCCUCACUGAGCGUGAGGGAAAAGGGGUAAGAAAAGUAUAAAAAGGACAAGUUGGUCUACCUUGCUUGAAGGAAUACAACACGGCACAAUACAAUCAACACUCUCUUCUCUUACUAUUCAUUCACUUUUACACCAGAACAAAAAAGUCAAUCGUUCAUCAUGUUUGUCAAGUACAUCAUCAACUACAUCGCUCUUUUGGCUGCCACUGCUUCUGCUGGUGCCUUUGACCCAUUGGCCAUUUCUGAAUGCGGCACGCCUUCUCCCAGCAACGAACAUCUAUCUGCCCUCCAGGAAAUGGCGGCGAAUGAGACAAUCAUGGCGGAUAGCGAUUUCGCUGCUCAGGCCGUCAUCACCAUCCCCACGUAUAUCCACGUGGUUGCCUCCUCUAACAAGGUUGCUGAUGGAUACAUCAGUGCCGCAACUGUCAAGGAGCAGUUUAAGAACCUCAACAAUGGUUACAAGAACACCGGCUUCCAGUUCUCUCUCAAGGGCACCGACUGGACCAUCAACCAGCAGUGGGCGUCCAAUGGCAACGACCUGGCCAUGAAGAAGAAGCUUCGCAAGGGCAACUACAAGACUCUGAACCUCUAUUUCCAAAAGGACCUUCAGGGUCUCAACGGGUACUGCUAUUACCCAGCCAAGGUCACCCCCAACACUGAUGCGUUCUUCCGUGACGGAUGCAACGUGCUCACUGCUACAGCUCCCACCGGUACCACCGCCACCCAUGAGGUUGGCCACUGGAUGGGCUUGCUGCACACCUUUGAGGGAGAAUGUAACGGCGCUGGUGAUAUGGUAGCGGACACUCCUGCUUGCAAGAAGAGCUGGGCUUGCCAGCCAGGCCAGGAUACCUGCCCCAACCGUCCGGGCAAGGACGCCAUCAACAACUUCAUGGCCUACGGAUCUUGCCGCACUACCUUUUCCAAGGGACAGGCUGUCCGUAUGAAGAGCUCCUGGAACAAGUACCGCGCCUAAGCUAGUUUGUAUAUUCCACUAUGCUGUUUUGUGCGUGCUCGUCUCACAUGCAGGCCAGUGGGUGGGCAACCUCUAUUCAUUCACUUAGUUUUCAACUGAUGCUUUGUACGCGGGUACAUUACACACUCAUUCUUAUGAUGGCAUUCAGCAUUCAUUUACCAUAUUCUACUAUAACGCUCAUUAACUAGCACACUCAUUGAUU